AUGCGAGAAGCGGACAGAGCGUUGAAAUAUACGUACGCUCCGUCUGCGGGAACGAGCAGCGCGGCGAAAAGAGAACUCAGACCGGCCAUCGCGAUCAAGAGAAAGGCGAGCAACGUAUACACACUUGAACAAGAAGAUAAACAAGAGUGUCCGGCAUGCAGCGAGGCGCAUCCAAGCUGUGCGGUGUGGAACAAGUGUCGUCGUCCGCAUCACUCAUCGCUGCAUCAAGCGGAAAAGAAACCGGAAAACACAGAGGUACGUGACAAGGAACAAGUAUUGUCAGUGACGCCGAAAACGAACGUCGGCGCACGCACCGUGCUUCUGAACAUGUGCCCGGUCGUAGUCGCCGGUCCACGGGGGGAGGUGAGAACGCACGCUCUCCUCGACGAAGGUGCCACGGUGACAUUGAUGGAUGAAGAUCUCGCCGAGAAGAUAGGUGCAGACGGCCCUACACAAGCACUGCACCUAAGCGGCGUUAACAUGGCUCAAAAGGAAAAAGCCAGCAAGUUGGUGACGGUGCGAAUUAGAGGUGUGACAGAAGACGAGCCACACUCAAUACGAGCAAGAACAAUAAAGCACCUGAAACUGCACCAACAGACCAUUCCGGCAGUGCUUAUGAAGUUGAAGCAUUUAAGGGACCUGCCGGAAGAAUUGUGCUAUGAACGAGCGCGCCCAGGCAUCUUAUUGGGCGCGGAUCAUUGGGAGCACAUUGUGUCGCGAGAACUGCGAGUUGGCGGCCGCAACGAACCGGCUGCAUCAAGGACGCUACUCGGCUGGGUGGUGCACGGUACGUUACCACGUAGCGUCAUAACAAAGAAAGAAAACGUGCUUCAUAUAUACGAGCGGGAGCACGACGGACUGCAUAACCUCGUGGAAGAUCACUUCAAAAUAGAAGCGCUCGGCGUCACACCAGAACCAAGAGUGAGUGACGCAGAUCGACGAGCCAUCGCCACAUUGAAGACGUCUAUAAGGAAGAUAGACUGCGGGUACGAAGUCGGCUUGCCGUGGCGACAAGACAACACCGCCAUGCCGCCGAGCUACAACGCAGCACUUCGACGCCUGCGACAAAUCGAGCACAAGAUGGACGCCUCGCCUGAAUUUGCCCGCGAAUAUACUGCACAGGUGAAUAACCUUAUAGAAAAAGGAUACGCAGUGAGGUGCAACGGGUCAGAAUCAUCGAGCCCCGUCUGUUGGUACCUCCCUCACUUCGCGGUGCAGAACCCGAACAAGCCUGGCAAGCAGAGGUUGGUGUUCGACGCAGCGGCGACAAGUCACGGGGUGAGUCUGAACGACCACUUACUGGAAGGCCCUGACAUGUUGAUGUCUCUGCCCGGAAUAAUGUUUCGGUUCCGGGAGAGCGCUGUAGCAGUCACAGCGGACAUACAAGAAAUGUUCCUGCGAAUCAAGAUCCGUGCCGAAGAUCAGUCAGCGCAGCAAUUUCUGUGGCGCGGUAACGACCGAACCAACCCGCCGCAGCGAUUUAAGAUGACCAGCAUGAUCUUCGGUGCAGCGAGUUCACCAUUCAUGGCGCACUUCGUAGGGAAUCACAACGCCAACGUGCAUGCGCAGCUGUAUCCCAGAGCAGCGGAGGCCAUCACCAAAUAUCACUAUAUGGACGACUUGGUGGCCAGCUACGAUACACCCGGAGAAGCGCACGAAGCCAUAGAGGAAAUGAAGACGGUGCACGCGGCGGCGGGAUUCACUCUGCGCGGUUGGAACUCGAACGACGAGAGUGUGCUUCGCGACGUGCCCCAGAGUUGCGCUCGAAUCAGCCCACGCAACUGGGGGGGAGAACAUCAACACAGCAAGAUAUUGGGACUGCGGUGGGACCCGGAGCGAGACGAGCUGGGAUUCAACACAGCAAUGAGCCGAGUCCCGAAAGAAGUAAAAACGCAAGUGCGCACGCCCACCAAGAGAGAAGCCCUCAGUACAGUCAUGUCGAUCUACGAUCCACUGGGACUUCUCAGCGUGUACACCAUUCGCGCCAAGAUCAUCCUUCAGAACUUAUGGCGCUUAAAGAUGUCGUGGGACGAACGGAUGCCAGAGGAAGACGGCAAGCUGUUCGCGACGUGGUUGUCGCAACUGUCGGCGAUCGGCCAGUUGCGCAUUCCCCGACAUUAUGGACCGACGAGCCACGAGCGACGCAUCGAGCUCCACGUUAUGUGCGACGCCAGCGAGCAGGCCUACGCAGCGGUGGCGUAUUGGCGGAUGGUCGGCCAAGAGAACGUUACACUCUCUUUGGUGGCCGCCAAGGCGAAGGUGGCACCGCGACGGACGCAAACGAUACCCCGCCUCGAGCUGCAAGCGGCGGUAAUCGGGGCGCGCCUCGCUGACGCAGUGAAGAAGGAGCAUCGCAUCGUGGCGGAGAGAACUAUAUAUUGGACUGACUCCACAACAGUCAUCCACUGGAUCCGGAACGACGAGCGACGGUACACACCCUUCGUCGCGCAUCGUCUGCGGGAGAUCGCCGAGCUCACCGACAAAAGUGAGUGGCGAUGGCUACCCACGACGCACAACGUCGCCGAUGAAGCCACUCGACUUCGGAGCGACGCCGUGAGUGAAGACAGCCGGUGGUUCCGGGGACCUGAUUUCCUCCUCGAGCCCGAACAAUCAUGGCCCACGAGAGACGGAAGUCAGGACGACGAAGCAGAGGUCCUGCACAUCACAGAGAGCCCGGAAAGGAACGCUGGCUGCCCGACCCGACCCGCUUCUCCAAGUAUGAAACAUUGGUGCGAGCCACGGCGAGAGUCUUGGCGUUCGCGGACAUCGCGCGACGCAAGACACCACACCUGGAAGUGGGACACCUGA